GAAAUAUUUCUCAAGAAAGAUUACAAAUGGAUGUUGUAGCCAAAUUCCCAACCAGAGUUUCAUGCCAUUAUCCGGGAAUAUACUUAGACAUUAAAAAGAGACUCACCCUCAGUUUCUCGCCUCGCAAAACAACAUGCAAUUUGCACAAAAAGAUAGAGAUACAACAAAGAAGCAUUUGUGUCAAGAAUGUCAAAAACGGAACUUGGGAUAGCAAUAGAAUUUCAGCCAUAUUAUCAAAAAGAGGCCCCAAAUCCGGGAAAAAUUCAAUGUCUCCAGCAGAGAUAGUAGAUCACUUCUACACAUGUAUCAAUGAGAAAGAGCUAAAACAAUUGGAUGAAUACAUAUCACAAGAUGCUUGCUUUUAUGACUAUACCUUCAUCAAUCCAUUUCAAGGAAAGAAGGAAGUGAUGCAUUUCUUACAGCAGCUUACUGCUGGCAUGGGCCAGAAUGUGAAAUUCAUAGUCAAAAAUAUAUGUGAGGGAGAUGAUUUAACUGUGGCGGCAAAAUGGCACUUAGAAUGGAAAAAGGAACAAAUCCCAUUCACAACAGGCUGCAGCUUCUUCCAAUUAGAAAAAGUAGAAGAAAACAUGACAAUUAGGAGAGCUGAGAUAUUUAUUGAAUCACUAGUCAAACCUGGAAGCAUAGUUUUGACUGUGUUGAAGACCAUGACUUCAUUGUUUGAUGACUUUCCAAAUGCAGCUGAAUGUGAGUUAAACAUGGUUUAUAGGUUUUUCAUUGACUCUAAAUCAACCCAAAAAUAUCCAUUAACAUACAUGCAUGUUCCUGCAGGGUUCUUACGAAGACCUCAUGCAAUACUAAUAUGGAUAAUGAAAAUUUACAAUAUACUUGUAGCACCUUUCCUUAAUCCACUACUAGAUAGCUACAUAAAGCUAUGGAGCUUCAUGAUACGAUUGCUAAGCUACGCAUUCAGUGCUGCGAUGUUUAUUUCUAAGACUAUAUUUAAGUAGAGGCUAUGAUAUCUCACAUCACUUGCUGUCCUCAUCGGUGCUGCGGUUCCACCAUGUAUCCAACAACGAGAGUGCAACCAACGAUCCUAUAACAGGAGGAAGUGGUGGAGGCCGGCUAUGGGCGACUAUUGGGUCAUUCAUCUCUUUAGUAGCUAGCCCCAUCUCGCCAGAUUCAUCUUUUUCUUGUUUCUUAGGUGCCAAUAUACCUAUAUUAAUGCAAAAUAUCAUUUCAAAACAAAAUGUUGUUUCAAGUACAAAAUUUUAAUAUUUUUCUUAUAUUUAAAAGUUCCCAUUGUUCAACACUCCAACUAGUAUCUAACAGUAAAAACUAUAUUAUCUAACAAACUCAGAAUCAAUAUGAUCAUUGCAAUUUAUAUAGAAAUCAAAGCGAUUGCACAUACCCUGUGAUCCAUUCACUUGGUACACCGGCUUAAAUCUGUUUUUCGCACGCAGCAGUAGAAAUGCAACAAGUCCACGCAUGAACUUUAUCUAUAGCUAUAUAGUUACUCAC